AGGAGAAAAGUCAGGAGUUAUAAUUGCUGAUCCAAAGGAGGUAAAUGUCUAGGAUACGCCUGAGACAUGGAAGAUCUGCUCUUCUGAGAUUUCACACAAAAGGACACACUCAUCAGAGAGAUACAUACAGAAGUCCAACAGGAAACACUUGCAUCCAGGAUGUGAAGUCCUCCAGUUUCCUGGGUUGCUGUGGAGAAAGCUCUGGUCCUCUGGUCCUCUAUGGAGGUUGUUGGAAGAUUCACGCCCUUAGUUGGCACUAGGACAGUCACGCCUCGUUCAGGAGAACAGUGCACGGUGACAUGAAGCGGCUUGGUGUUCACAGUGAGUGCCCUGAGAGAUGCUGAUGGGUUUUCUUGUUUGGCUGGCGGUGCUGCAGCCAGAGGAGUUUGAGGAAUGCCACGUCUGCUCCAUCCCCAGCACUUUCUGGGAGCUGAAGAUGGUGCACUUGCCAAAGAAGAUGAACAGGAUGGGCACACACAGGGGCUUCAGCUUCAUGGACUUCUUCACGAAGCAGGAUGCCAAGAGACCCUUCAACACCCUGUGCCACAGCACCCACUUGUACAGCCAAAGGCUGGUCCUGGAGUGGGCGAACUCCAAGGUGACUCUGCAGGUCCUGCAGCGGAAGAUGGCUGAGCAAUUCCAUGGAAGCCUGCUACCCCCUCCAUCUGUGCUCUUCCUCGCCUGUCGCAGUGGCUUUCUUGGUUCAUCAUCCUCGUGGCACCCAUUUUUGAGCAAGGUUGUGCUCUUGUUUGUCAGCGUUGGGUUCAUCUCUAGGUCCCUGGCAUCUGCCAGGCGGUCACCUUAG